AUGUUCGCACACUCGAUCCGUCCGGUCGCCAUGCUCAGGACCACCAUCCGCCAAAUCCCCUCUGUCGGACCAUCGACCCUUCUUCGUCAACAGGCAGUUCACCAGUCUCGAUUCGCGUCCUCAUCAGGUGCCGCUGUCUUCCAGAGACAACCGUCGGUCUUCCAGACAUCAGCGUUGAGCGCAGCGUUCAAGUCCGCAGCAGCAGGAGGUGUCGCGUCCAGGACUAUGAUCGGCGCAGGAGCUGCGACUACUUGUCUUGUUGGACCCUUGAUCUACUCCCGAUCCAUGAUGGCGUCCUACAUGUCGAGCAGUAGCUCGUUGUUCGCACCCAGGGUUGCUCACUGUGCCGCUGCACCACUUGACACCAUCUAUGACGAUUUCGGAUUGAAGAAGGAACCCUUGCUCAACGGCAAAGAACUGUCGUUCGGAAUGGCAAUGGGACUCUGCUCAGGAUACCUCUUCAAGAAACUGGGAAAGCUCAUGAUGCUAGUCGUCGGUCUCGGUUUCGUCUCUCUUCAAUUGUUGGUCAACACGGGAUACAUCCAAGUGAACUGGAAGAGGAUCGAGGGCAAGUUUGUGGAUCAGUUUGAUGUGGAUCGAGAUGGAAAAGUAACAAUCAAUGAUGCCAAGCAUGGAUUCAGGUGGUUGAUGAACCUGUUGACAAAGAACUUUCAGUUCAAGUCUACUUUUGUCGGAGGCUUCGUCCUUGGUUUCAAGCAUGGAUAG